AUGGAAAUCCUCCCAGUUGUGCUCUUUGUAGCUUUUAUUCUCUUCUUAGUUCUAUCAUGGAGCUACAGAUCUUUCAAAAACCUCCCCCCAGGCCCAUGGGGACUGCCGCUGAUCGGCCACCUUCAUUUACUGGCAGGAAAGCCCCCACAUAGGAGUUUACAAUCUAUCUCCAGAAAGUAUGGCCCCAUUGUGUUCUUGAAGAUGGGAAUGAUGCCCACUGUGGUUAUCUCUAGCCAGAAGAUAAUCAAGGAAGUAUUUACCACACACGACAUAAAGUUUGGUUCCAGGCCAUACAUGGUUUUAGGCGACCACUUCAGCUAUAACUAUUCGGGACUUGGAACUUCUCCAUAUGGGAAGUACUGGAAAGACACUCGCAAGCUGUGUUCCAUGGAGCUCUUCACAGCCAAGUCCAUCGAUUCAUUUGCGUGGAUGAGAAAAGAGGAGCUCUCCCAUGCCUUGGGAGAGAUCUUAAAGUCUUUCAGCAACAGCAAGCCCGUGGAAAUAAGAUCGCUGUUCUCCAUUUUUGCUUUCAACAAUAUGUCCAGGAUUUUGAUGAGCAAGAGGUACUUUGGUGAAGACGAAGUCGACUCCGACGCUUUAGAAUUCAAAGAGAUUCUGCUCUCCAUUGUCGACCUGGUGAUCAAUCCCUCGUGCAUUAGCACCCUCGUACCGUGGUAUUUAAGAUGGCUGGACUGGCAGAUCCCUCGGUACAAGCAAAUCCAUGCGAAACAAGAGAAGUUCUUGCGAAAGAUCAUUGACGAGCACAAGGAAACGACACGGGAAUGCAAGGACUUCCUUGAUAUCAUGCUUGAGUUCUACGGAAAUAAUGCCCAGGGAGAAACACACGUUAAAGCAAAUCUGUUGGAGAUGCUUAUGGCUGGGACUGAUGCUACUGCUACCACAAGCGAAUGGAUCAUGGCCUUGGUGAUGCAUAAUCCUCGGGUUUUGAUCAAGCUCCGGGAGGAGCUUGACCGAGUCGUAGGCAGUGACCAGAUGGUCCAAGAAUCCGACCUCCCAAAGCUCGACUAUCUCCAGCUUGUUCUCAAGGAGACACUUAGGAUGUAUCCUCCAGGAACGCUCCUUUUCCCACGCAUGGCCACCCAGGAAGCCACAAUUGCCGGUUAUACCGUUCCAAAGGGAACCACUCUCCUGGUGAAUGUUUGGGCUGUGCAUAUGGAUUCGGCAGUGUGGGAGAAUCCCACCCAGUUUUACCCAGAGCGCUUCUUGGGGAGCUCCAUCGAUUUCAAAGGCCAAAACUUUGAGCUCCUCCCGUUUGGAUCCGGUCGUAGAAUGUGUCCUGGAAUGCCAUUGGGAUUGCGAACAGUGGAGCUGCUGGUGGCCAAUCUCAUUCACUGCUUUGAUUGGAGCUUUGUGCCAGGGACAAUACCAUCCAUAGAGGAGGUUUACAAUGGCUCUUGCUACCUCAAGACUCCGCUGCAAGCCAUGGCCACUCCAAGGCUGCCGAUGGAAGUCUAUGGCAACUAGGGGUCAGCUGAGAUCAAGUAAAACAAUAAAGGGAAAGUUUUUUUAUAUUAGGUUUAUAAUUAAAAAUCAAUAAGA